AUGUCAAUAAAUAUUAACCUUGAUCAAGAUUGGUCUGGCUACUGUUCUGUGACUAAUUAUGGUGAUAAUAUAUCGGAUGUGUCUGUUCCUAUAUCAAUCGAUGACUCAGACUGGCAUACAGUACAAUUACCACAUAACAGUAUCGAAAAUAAGACUAAAGAUUGGUGGUAUCGUAGAAAACUUAAUUGUACAAUAUCCAAUGAUCAAUCUGUUUAUCUAACAUUCAAAAACUCGAAAACUAAAGAUUCUGAUGAGUUAUUUUCACCAUCGAUCUUUGCUGUGAUGUGGCUUGAUGAUGUACGAUUCUUCUCUGGACCAAUCACAUCAUCAAAUACGUCAAUCGAACUUCCACAGAAAUCAUUCGAUUCAGAACAUACGUUGAUAAUAUGUACACGAAAUGCAUGUCUCGCAGUUCACCUCUGUCUCACAGUCAAGCGUUCGACUGAUCGUAUCGUUUCUGUCGAUAGUAUUGAUGAAUAUGUGAAUAUUGAUUUAGAUCAAAAUGCACAGAAUCUCAAUCCAAAGUCAAUUCCUCUUCUUAAUAUUCUUAUGCUUAUUGUUGGUUCGAGAGGAGACGUACAACCGUUUAUUGCAUAUGGUAAAGCUCUUCGUGCUUUUGGACAUCGUGUACGAUUAGCGACACAUGAAAUCUUUCGAAGUUUCGUUCGAGAACAUGGCCUGGAAUUCUAUCCAAUAGCUGGUAAUCCUGCUGAAUUGAUGUCUUUUAUGGUGAAAAAUGCUGGCAUUGUUCCAUCGGUAGACGGGAUUAUGUCUGGCAAUCUGUUCCAAGGACGCCGUAUGUGUCACGAUGUAUUACACUCGACGUGGGCUGCAUGUAUUAAUGAUGACGACGAAACUGGAGCGCCUUUUCGUGCUGAAGCCAUCAUUGCUAAUCCGGUUUCAUUUGGACAUGUUCAUUGUGCACAAAAACUGGGAAUUCCACUACAUAUGGCUUUUACAAUGCCUUAUUCACCAACAACAGCUUUUCCUCAUCCAUUAGGAAAUGUUAACUAUGCAAAAGCAUCUCGAGAACGAUUGAAUACGUUUUCUUAUCGUUUCGUUGAAACAUUGUUGUGGCUAUGCAUCGGUGAUCAGAUUAAUACGUUUCGUCGCGAUGUUCUCAAACUUCCAUCGUUAGACAUUCGUCAAGCAACGUCGAUCAUGGUCGACGAGAAGGUCCCGUAUAUCUAUUGUUGGUCACCAUCUCUGGUUCCAAAACCUCCCGAUUGGCCAGAAUAUGUUAAUGUUCCCGGAUUCUUCUUCCUUGAUCUUGCCUCAGGUUAUACAACACCACCCGCUGAUCUACUUACUUUUCUUGGUCUCACUUCUCAUUCUGAUUCUCCUACAACACAAACAUCACCACCGAUAUUUAUCGGUUUUGGUUCAAUUAUUGGUCAUGACUCACAGCGCCUUCUUAAUGUUAUACUCAAGGCAUUGAUAUUGACCGGAUAUCGAGCAAUACUUGCUGACUUUGAUAUCGAUCAAGACCAAUUACCGGCGACUAUUUUCAAAAUCAAUGAUGUUCCACACGAUUGGCUCUUUCAAUACGUAUCAGCUGUAUGUCAUCAUGGUGGAGCAGGUACGACAGCGACUGGCCUUCGUGCUGGCAAACCCACUAUUGUUAUGCCUUUCUUUGGCGAUCAAUUCUUUUGGGCUAAUAUUGUACGGAAAAGCGGCGUUGGUCCUCCGCCAUUGUCGGGAAAAGAUGUAACAGUAGAGGAAUUAGUAGAAGCUUUCAAAUUCGUUCAUCAACCAUUGGUACAAGUAGCUGCUCAACGUAUCAAAGAAGCUUUGUCACAUGAAAAUGGAUGCGAAGCAGCAGUAGUUGCAUUUCAUGAUUAUUUACCAUUGUCGCGUAUGCGUAGUGAUCUCGAUUCGACAUAUGCUGCUUGUUUUCGUUUGGAUGAAUACAAUCUUCAAAUAUCUCGUCCAGUUGCUCAAGUACUUCUCUCUGCAAGUGUCAUAACUGAAUCUCAACUUCGCCAUUAUUCUUCUCGAGAUUGGUUCAAAUCGAAAAAGAAGAAUGAUGUACAUACGAUUGAUCUUCCAUGGAAUUCAAAAGCUAAACUCACUGUCUGUAAUGAUCGUCCAGCUUCAACCAGUUCGUCAGACAAUCAAUCCACAUGCACAAGUAAAAUAUCGAACUUCGAAGCAACAAAUGUGUCUGGUUUCUCCCCUGAAGUAUGCGAACGAAUAUUAGUUGAAUUCAAUAAAGUUAAAGAACAAUUUUCACAACAAGUCAAUGUCACAACAUUCAAACAUCAUCGAAAACAUUUCUUAGCACGACAACGAAGUCAAUCGUCUGGUCAUCUGUGA